AAAAAGUCUCCAUUUUUCUCCUUUCGUCUUGAGAAAUCAGAAUGCACAACGGCUGCCCGAAACCCGCUACCGGGGUCUCUGGUUCUGGUUCCGGUUCCGGCUCCGGCUCCGGCUCCGGGCUUCCUGGAAGCGGUCCCCUAGCCUGGCUGGAGCAUAUGAGCUUAAUCCUCAACAGACUCAGCCCUAAGGCUAAGAUCUGGUCAUGCGUGGCUUGGGUUCAUCUACUCAAUCAGGAAACAAAGGAUGCUCGGAAGAAGCUGAAAGCAUCAAAGGAAGAGCUAGCUAUCAGCAUGGAGUUGCUAGCAGGCCUUGAGUCUAGAAUCAACCAGAUAAGGGUGGAAAACUAUCUCCUGCUUUGGGAGAUGGCUCUUCUUGACGCCCUUGUUGAAGAUUUCUUGGAUGAUAUAGAUCCCCAAGGUGAUUGAUAGACAAACCCUAUCUUUUAAAUAUAGGGUUAGAUCAAUAAUAUAUUUAUAGGUAUGUGUGUGAGUGUGCUUGUUCUCUUUAUAGAGUAUAUAAGCUGCACCCAAGUUUUUUUUGGAGUGCAUGCAAUAACAAUUUUCAUGUGUA